AGGAGAGGAGAGAGGGCACGAGAUGAAUUGUGCUGGAUUCUCAGGCAGACAUUGGACUGGCAUGGCUACGUGCUGCUCAGCACUGCGAUCUGCAUGCACGAUGCUCCAGCUUGGAUAUAUGGAUUUUCUCUGCACUGCAACACGACCUCAAUUCAGCUCCGGAUGGUGAAACACUGAGCGUGUUUUCUCCUCACCGCAUGUUGCCAGGCGCUUGAGAAGCUGAGCAAGGCAAUAAUAAAGAAGAGGGGGGAUAACCUUACCGCACACUUGAGCGAUGUUCCGUGGGCUUCUCUCGCUCUCUCAUUUCAGACUGUCAGGCUGCUCAACACGGAAUCCUGGGACUAAUGGAGGGAUGUAGCCACUCUGCUCUCGGCUUGCCAUGCUUGAAUCACAAUUAUAUAUCCUUUUUGUGUCAUGGACCUUAUUGUCUUUGUCUGUCACUGCUGCCGGAUCGACUGUGGGGUAGCGUGACGGACAAAGGCGACCCCCUUCUCCCUCUCAGCGGGAUCUCCUCAGCCUGUGCUUGCUUGUGUCUGCUUCCCUACCCUUGCUGCUGACUUUACCGCUGCUUACUUCUGACCUCUGCUCAUUCAGAGAACGCAUUCGUUCCCAUCAGCGCUACAUGAUCCGCUGAAGACUCUGCUUUUGCUGCCCUUCCGCAGCCUCACAAUCCCAAAAAUCCUUCUCAAUUUCUGGCUUGUCAAGAGCAGGAUGUCCCUUGUGAAGAAUUGAUCGUGACUGACCUCUCUUAACCCCUUCCUCUUCCUCGCCCUGGUUUCCUGCCCUCUGACCUUUCGUUUUCCACCUCCACCCACCUGCCCUGGUAGCCCUUACCCAAAGCCUCUUUGCCCCCAAAUUCUUUCACCCCCAUGACCAUGUUGCCAUGUGUUUACUGGCUCCAGCUUAUCCUCGUCUUGCUGACCUCUGAAAUAUGGACCUGGGGGGAAAAUUGUCCAUCAACCUGCUUGUGCCCGGAUCCUCACACCGUAGAUUGCAGUGGCCGUGGGCUCACCCGUUUACCCGAUGAGAUCCCUUUGGAUGUUCGUAGGCUCUUGCUGUCGGACAAUUGGAUACCCCGCAUCCCUUCGGACUUCCUUGUCCUCUACAGUGACUUGGUAUACCUCGACCUCCGAAACAACUCCCUGUCCCACAUUGAACCAGGGACCCUCAGCACCUCUUCUAGACUGGUGUUUCUGGACUUGGGCAGCAACAAUUUGACUGAAAUCCCCAAAGGGACGUUUGGGGAGUCCCGGAGUCUAAUCAAGCUGCGCCUUGGCAACAAUCCAUUUCUCAGUAUGGUGAGUGAGGAUGCGUUCUCGGGCCUCACCUCUCUAAGAGAAUUGGAGCUUGAGUGUAAUGCACUGUCUACACUAAAGGUGGGGGCACUGAAUCAGCUGCCCUCCCUGCGGGUAGUAAGGCUCGAGGGGAACCCUUGGGUGUGCAACUGCAACUUUGCCAACCUGUUUGCGUGGAUGUUGGAGAAUAGCCACAAACUUCCAAAUGGAGUGGAAGGAAUGGAGUGUUCGCUUCCCAUGGACGGCAGACGGGUGUCCCUGACCCAGCUCUCCAAGGACAGCUUCCGCGAAUGCCAGGCAACACUGACCCUGACGGACCUGUUAAUCAUAAUCUUCUCUGGCAUAUCUGUGUCGGUGGUGGCCAUUAUGACGAGCUUCUUUCUUGCCUCCACGGUCCACUGUUUCCAGCGGUGGAGUAAAGGCACCAAGGGGGACGAGGAGGACAGUGAGGAAUGAAACGGACUGCUGAACAUUAACCGCUGCAUCGCUUUUACUUCGUGUGGAAAUCCUGGACGCUGUUGAUGCUUUGUUUGCACGCGGACCUCUGUCGCUGAGGACAAAGACCACUCCCUCCAGAGGAACACUAUAUGAUCACUUACUAACAUGAGAUAUAUAUAUAUUGGUAGUAAAAAGCCUCAGUAUUUACUGCCGACACGUAUUAAAAAACCUUGUCAUUGAUAAACUGUUGUAGCGGUUUUGUCCCAUUAUUCUUAGGACACACCCACACUGCGAUGUUGUUCCAUACUUUAAGUAGCAUCCCUUCCAAACACUGCCAACCCAUUUCUACUCAGGGUUAUUUGAAAAAAAUAAAAAAAGGUAUUUUCACUUUAGCUAUCCACUCAUUGUAAUUGACUUGUGGUAUACCAAAGCGACGCCAUUAGUGGUCACUUCAAAAAUAUAAAAGCUAAACAAAGCACUCUAGAUAUUCUCAGUGAUGGUAUCGUGGUAGUGUGGAAGUAUCCUUCAAGAAGCCAUAUUAAAUCCCACAAUAUUAGACAUGUGUUUGAUCACAAAGAUCUCAACUAUAUAGACCCUACUGCAGCACUUAAACACUUGAGGCAGGAACACUGGUAGUUAAGUAUUUAAUGGCAAAUAUGAAUUUCAAAUAUACUCAUCUUAACUUGAAUAGCACCCAAAUUGUGUCGAGAGGUCAUCAUGAAAUGUAAUUUACGUCUGUGUGAAACUGCAGUGUGCGACAAAGCACUUUAAAACUCAUUAAAUGUGGCGUGCCCCUUUAACAUCAUGUGCACUCUCUGCUUUGUCUUUGCCAAAGAUCAGAUUUGCAGAAUUUAGGCCACAUUCGAAUAUCAGCAGCUUCCCCAGACAAAUCUAAUGUUUCAAUUUGCAGCAUCCAGUGGCGUCUCUUAAAGCUCCAUCAACCUCCGACAUCUUUUUGGAUGUUUCAAUUUGUUGUCUUGUCCGUUGAUGUCCGCUUCUCUGUGACAGUUGCUGUAAAAAAAAUGUUCUAAUUCCUCUUAAAUUGUUCGUAUUACUGGGGAUUUCUUCACAGGGGUUCGAAUCAAAACUAAGCAGCUCCCUCAAACCUGUGUGCAUUUUACAUGGUUCAACAGUUACACGACUUUGGUGUGUAAUAACAAUUCCAGGUGUAAGCAUUAUACAUGUUAUAAAUCAAUGUUUUGUUCAACUUUGAAUCGAGUCCUGGUCUCAUGGGUCAAUCCUCACCCUGUAGCAGAUAAAGCCCCAUUUAUGCUUUACGUACAAAAUAGUACCCGUGUUAACGCAUCAUUGUACACAGUCUUACCGUCACUGAACACAUGCUUCCAUGUGUUCUUUGCAUUGCUGUUCACCAGUCUAUACACCAGGGGGCAAAGGCCGGAGUCAAUAGUUUAUAACAACAGAAAAAUUCCAAAACAAACGUGGUGACUGUGGAAGAAGUAUUGAAAAUGUACCUCUUGCACAAAAGAGGUAGGCAGUGGUCUGUGAAGCCGUUAAAAUUUCCGCCAUUGUUAUGUCUUCUUCUUGUCUCAUUCGAGCUUUAUAUCUGGUCGUAACAUCCCCCCACGGUUUCUGAUGGUACUGCUUUGUGGAAACCUGCUGAAAUAUGGAGGAAAUGAACGCAGAGCAUGGACAGAAGGCUCCGUCCGUACCCAGAUCUGUGCGUAACGUUGAGCAUAAAUGGGCCUUUUGGGUGCAUUAGAUGUCCCCCAGAGUCCACGCUGGUCAGCAUCCAAUUCUUCAUCGUUCAACAAUGUGGCAUUACAUAUGAUCAACAAGCAAAACAAUGUUCCGAGACUAACAAAAAACUGAAACGUACAUGUUGGUCAUUGCAAUGUGAUGUAUCGAUGACACUUAAUGAGGUUGAAGUACUGAUAGGUAGAUGAGGUAUCAUGAAACAGUAUUGCAAGAUUGAUGAAAUAGUGUCCUAGUUUUCAGAGGCCACUGUGCUCCUGGUUUAGAAAUGGUGUGAGGUUUCAUUAAAUGAAGUCCAAACAUCAGGACAUCAGGUCAUGUGUCAUGACACCUCAUCAACCCAUCACUAGAACAUGCAAAUUGAGUAAACGGAGCUUCGUGAAGCCUCAUUUGUGAGUCACUUCAUGACUCCUUUAUAAAAUGUAACUCUAUUUAAUUUGCAUAUAUAAGCCUAUCAUGUCCAAUGAAAUGGACCUGAAGACAUGUUUAUUUUAGCAUCAGCAUUAUACAUGAUGGACAGCACUUUUCAACGUUCCACUAUUUACACAUUUACGGAUCUUACAAGUGUCUGAAACACACAGAUUUAUUCAUAUUUAUAAAAUGGACACCAGCAUUGAGGGUCAAGAUGUCAAAACCUGAUACAAUGACAAUUG